AUGCACGCAUCAUGCUUGCGGUUGCUGCACUCUUCACUUUCACUUGUCUUGGCUUCUUUCCCCACUGCUCUCCCCACUCCUCUGCGCCCCCUUCACUUCCCCGUUCCCCCCCCCCCCCCCCCCCACCCCCUCUCCUCCCUUCCUGUCUCUGUCCCGACCUGCCCCCUCUCAUCCCAUCAUGUCACUCACACGGGAGUGGCAGUGGCGUGGGACAUGGAGUGCACAGGCAGCAGCUGCUCUCCACCCAACCCACCCAAGGUGGAGGGGAGGGGCGUGGUGGUCAACACCACCACUCGCCCGCACCACUCCCCUGUGGCCGUGCAGGUGGCAGGGGUGGGAGGGGAGGGGGGCAGCACUCCACUCGGCUGGGAUGGGAUGGGAGAGUAUCGGGAUGGGGUCGUCUGGAACAAGCAUCAGCAGCCAGUCCGCUCCUGCAGCAGAGGCACGUGCGGGCAGGCCAAGGGGUGGCACUCCAGCCAGAGGGAGAGCAGAGCAUGCGGACUGUUUCCUGCUGCACAAGGUGCCAGUGGUGGGCUGGAGGCAAGGCGGGAAGAAUGCUGCCAUGAAGGAGAGUAUCUGAGGUUGCUCACACUGGAGUGGCAGUGGCGGGGGACAUGGAAUGCACAGGCAGCAGCUGCUCUCCACCCAACCUUUCCACAGCUAAGUGCGGGGGAGGGGUGUGGGGUCGGCACUGCCAUUCCCUCACGCCUCUCCCCGGUGGCCGUGCAGGGAGGGACGCACACGGGAAGGCUGGGAGGAGGGCUGCCGGGGAAGGAGUCACCUGGUGCUGCUGCAGCUGCCCUGUACUCCUCUCAGGUGCAGGUACUCCUCUCAGGUGCAGGUGCAGGUGUGCAGGUACCCCCUCAGGUGCAGUCCUUGGGUCUGCAGUUUGUGACUUGGCCUCUACCAGUGGCCCCUCCCCUCUCCCGCCUUGCAAAUGCCGUCCCCUCUCUUGCAGUUUCAACCUUCAUCCCCUCGCUGCCCACUGACCAGCUCUGCGUGUGUGCCUUGCAGUUGGAGGGGAGGGGCGGGGGUCAACACCGACGCUCCCCCACGCCCCUCCCCUGUGGCCGUGCAGGUACUCGUGGGGAUGGAAGGGAGGCAGCACGCCAAUCGCUGCCACAAGGGAGAGUAUCGGGGUGGGCUUGGCCUCUCAAGGUGUGUUGUCUGAUUCCCUCCUCUCUCUUUCUCCCCCUCUCCCCUUCUAGCAGCCUGAAGGAGGGAGGCGCACUGGAGCAAGGGCGAUACAGAGGCAUCCCUCCUCUAAUCUCCCCCCCCCUUCUCUCCCUCCUCCUCCCACUCCCCAGCAGCCUUGGCAUCAUGGCGCUCUGA